CACUGAGCAGGUGCACCAGCAGAUGGCACCAUAUGAUUAAGUAGAGACACUAAAAGCAGAAGAAGAAGAAAUGCGGAAGUGUGCGCGGUGUAAACAAUCGUGUCAGCAAAAUAUUGUUCCCCAUUUCAAGUGUAACCGUGUGCGGGCUGGCAGCGGCCGUCAUGCCGUAUCUGGGCAGUGAGGAUACGGUGAGGGAGCUGAGGAGAGCUCUGUCCAACCCCAACGUCCAAUCUGACCAUCUGCGCUACAGAAACACCAUCCUCAAAGUCAUCAGGGCAAUGUCCCAGGGUGUGGAUGUUUCAGGCCUGUUCAGUGAGAUGGUUAAAGCAUGUGCCACAGUAGACAUAGUCCAGAAGAAACUGGUUUAUGUCUUCCUGUGUUCCUAUGCAACUUUAAACCCAGAGCUGUCUCUGCUAGUCAUCAACACGCUAAGGAAAGAUUGUCAGGAUCCAAACCCCAUGGUCCGCAGCCUGGCCCUGAGGAACAUGACCAAUCUCAGGUUACCCAGUCUGGUGGAGUAUGUGGAGCAGCCUCUGACAGCAGGACUGAGGGACAGAGCAGCAUGUGUGCGACGAGUGGCUGUACUCGGCUGGGCCAAACUACACAAUCUCCAACCCAGCUCUGAGAUUGAUGCUGCAGUAGUGAAUGAGCUGUACAGCCUGCUGAGGGACCCAGACCCUGUGGUGAUGGUAAACUGCCUCAGAGCACUGGAGGAGAUCCUGAAGGAGGAGGGAGGAGUCGCUAUUAACAAACCUAUCACCCACCACCUCCUUAACAGGUUAAAGGAGUGUGAUGUUUGGGGUCAGUGUGAGAUGCUCAGGAUCCUCCAGCGCUACCGACCUCAGUCAGAGGACGAGCUCUUUGACAUUCUGUCUCUUCUGGAUGCCUCCUUGGUCAGCCCUCACCCCCAAGUUAUGGCUGCUACCCUUAGCCUCUUUCUCAGUCUAUGCUCCAGCCUGCCUGCUGUCAGUCUGGCGGCCUUAGAGAGGGUACGUGGGUCACUGUUGGCUGCCUGUGGGAGUGUGUCAAGAGAGAUGAGAUUCACUGCCCUCUGCCACAUACAGUUGUUGUUACGUUCUGUCCCUGGCCUGAUGGGGGCGCACUACAAACGAUUCUUUUGUGGCUAUGCUGAGCCAGCAUACAUCAAGCAGAGGAAGAUGCAGGUGCUGGUGGAACUUGUGAAUGAUGAGAAUGUUGCAAUGUUACUGGAUGAGCUGAAAGGAUACUGCACUGAUGUCAACACUGACACUGCCCAGGCUGCAAUCUCGGCUAUAGGUCGUAUUGGACGGAGCCACAGCGACAGAUGUCUAGAGAUCCUAACAGAGCUGCUUGCACUCAAACAGGAGCACAUCACCUCUGCGGUGGUGCAAACAAUGUGUGACCUGGUCUGGGUGUGUCCUCAGUAUAGCAACACUGUGUGUUCGGCACUUGAGGGCUGCGAGGAAACGCUGCAGGAUAGUCAGGGCAGGCAAGCUUUGCUGUGGUUGCUGGGUGUUUAUGGGGAGCAAGUGUCGGGUGCCCCCUACACGCUGGAGGUGUUCAUUGAUGGAGUUAGGAGUGAAGCCUCUCUGGGAGUGAAGAUGGAGCUGCUGACGACCACCAUGAGACUGUUUGUGUGCCGGCCUGCUGAGACACAAGAUAUGCUUGGAAGACUGCUGCACUACUGCAUAGAGGAGGAGACAGACAUGUGUGUCCAUGACCAAGCACUUCUGUACUACCACCUGUUGCAUUGUGGGAUAGAAGAGACACGAAAGGUCCUCCAGGGUCGGAGGUCGGACCCUUCCCUGGGUGUUCUGAUUGGCCGCCCUGCAGAGCCCAUCAGCCAGUGGGCCUGCAGGUUUAACACUCUGGAGGCUCUGAAGCAGUGCAGCAUAGAGACAGAGUCAGCCAGCAGAGGAAGCCCUGAACAUUUCACCUGUGACCCCAAGUCGAACCCUGACCUCUCAGUUACAAUUAACUGUAGCCAAGCUGAGAACGUUUAUUCAGGCUCAUACAGUGCCAAUCUAUACACAGACUCCUCUGCUGAUGUCCCACCUUCAACCGCCGAGGUCCCUCUCAGUUUGUCCCUCUCCCCAGCUCUCAGCCCAGAGGAGUUUGAGCGGUUGUGGCUGCAGCGACAACCCAUGCAUGCUGACCAAGGUGCUGACAAAAUAGAAGUGGAGGAAGAGUAUGUGUGCUUGAAAGAAUGGGUCCUGAGCACUGCAGUACCUCACUGUUCCACACAAAGCCUUCAGGCUGCGAUGCAGCUGGUCAACAUCCAGACGCUGGCAUUCACACCACCGCACACACUCCCCUGGAGGGUCUAUCUAUACACUCAUACCCAGCAUGAACCCUCUGGCAACACACCCCACUGCACACUCAUACUUGGGGAGCUGCUAUACACUGGAGAGGCAAGUCAGAGAACAGUAGUAAAUAAAGGCAUGUGUGAGGGAGAUUUGCUGAGAAAAGAGGGAGGUGAGAAGGAAGUAAAAGUGACUCUUAUACAGCAACCAAGAGACGACAAAGCUCUGAAAGGGUUUCUCUCAAUCCUUACCACAGUACUAUACACAUUGUCUUCAGAGAAAAAUUAAAACACAUAAUGUUUUUUUUUUUUCUGGAAGUGAGUAAAAGAAAAAGGAAAUGCCUUAUUUACUUAUAAAUGCUAUUUUUCUUUUUAAUCACAGCUGUUUGCAGGAUUCACAGGCGCAAGGGAAUUAUGAACAUGGUGAAACAAAAUGAUCUUUCUUAGUGUACCACAAGACUGCAGGGCAGCUUCUGUUCUCAGGCUGUGAGAGUACUCAGUUAGUCCUUAGCAGAUUUAAAUUCUGACAAAGAUGCUCAAUGGCUGCACUUUUAUUAUUAUUAUUAUUAUUAUUAUUAUUAUUACUAUUAUUAUUAUUAUUAUUAUUAUUAUAACCAUAACUGGGCAUUUAAUCUCCACAUUUCCGCUAUUGUCCCUAUAGAAACACUGUCUCUGAAGAAAAUAAUAACCUUACUCAAUCACAAGAUGUAUAACUCAACAGGGCCCUGAAACUGAAAGGUUUGAUAGAUGAGGGUUUUUUUUGGGUAUGUACCAGUUCACUAUAUUCAGGGGCUCCAACUCUUGCCAUAACCUACUAAUGACAGAUUCACAGAUUUUUGUGCAUUGUAGGCUAUCAUGAUAAUAAGCUGGCUGAAGGUAAAUGCAAACACAAUUCCAUAAGAUGUCUCAAAAUAAUAAACAAUCUCGAUCCCUUA